AUGCUGUCCUAUGCGUCGCUGUUCCUCGUACCUUGGCUGUACGCGCAGUUCAAGGGGCCGAUGGACUUCGUGGUUUACGAGGCAGUGCACUUCGCCGCGGCCCUCGUCGCCGGCGGCGGGCGCGCGGCGCUGGCGCUGGCGGGGGGCGCGGGGGUCGCGGGCUACCUGGCCGCGGAGGCGGCCGGCGGCAGCGUCGUGGUGAGGGUCACGGGCGGCGCCGCCGCGGCAUUUGGCGCGCUCGUCUGGCGCGCUGCCGCGGCGGCCUGA